AUCGUAAAACCAAGCUGUUGUAUGAUUUCCUUGAGGCAUAUAAUUUGACACAGCUUAUUGAAUCUCCUACUAGGAUAACCAAAUCUACGAGUACAUUGAUAGAUUUGCUCAUAGUAGGUGAUCCGGAUAUCUUGACUUCUGUCGAUACACUUGAUGUUG